AUGAGCUUUCUCCUUCUUGUUUCUCUCAUCAUUGUCUCAUGUUCACUCACCAUCUGCUUUGCUACGGAAUCUGAAGUUGAGGAUGAAGAUCAAUUUGCAUAUGUAGAAGGAACUGGAAAAGGACCAAAGAAGUGGGGAAAGAUUGACCCACAUUGGGAAGCUUGUGGUAAAGGACAAAUGCAGUCUCCUAUUGAUCUUCUUAACAGAAGGGUGCAAGUUUUUCCCAACUUAGGAAAGUUGCGUAGGGAUUACCAAGCAGCUCCUGCUGCCGUGAAGAAUAGGGGACAUGACUUUACAGUGAUUUGGAAAGGAGAUGCAGGAAAAAUUAAGAUUAAUGAUACUGAUUACCAACUGGAGCAAUGCCAUUGGCAUUCACCCUCAGAGCACACAUUCAAUGGUUCAAGGCACGACCUGGAGCUUCACCUUGUUCACUAUAGCUCUCAGGGAGGGACAGCUGUUAUUGCAAUUACUUACAAAUAUGGUCGGCCUGAUCGCUUUCUUACAAAGUUGUUCCGCCAUAUAACCCAUGUUGACCAUAAAGAGAGAGACGUGGGGAUUAUCAACCCAGGAGACAUCAAAUUUGGGAGCAGAAAAUAUUACAGAUAUGUUGGUUCUCUUACGACUCCUCCAUGCACUGAAGGUGUUGUUUGGACAAUAGUCAAGAAGGUCAGGACAGUCUCAAGGGAGCAAGUCAAAGCAUUAAGGGAUGCUGUUCACGAUGAAGAGAGUGAACUCACGGAAAUGUGUGGAGAAGAAGCUAGAACCAUGAUAACAAGUUUGUUGAUUCAGUACAUACAGUGCACAGCAGAUUUAGAUGAGUAG